UAGGACAGUUGGCAAAAAAAUUGAAAGAAUACCCUAAAUUAAUAUUUUUUAUAAAUAGUACUGGAACAGGGGAUAAUUAGAUAUUUUUAUAAAAAGCCACUCCAAAACUUUCACAGCCAUAGAAAAAGAAAAAGAAAAAGAAAAAACCAACCCCAUCCACUUUGAGUUCCUCAAUCUUGUUCCUUAACCAUGUCAAAAACUCAAUUAAACGGUGUCGUUUGCAGUGUCGGCGGCGGCGGUCAGGAUGUUCCAUUCAUCAAAACUGAAACACCAGAAAACCGCCAGUUCACAGUUUCUGUCUUGUCCAAAGUCUACUACCCACCUGGGUUUUCUCGAAAGGUGUUGGCGGAAGCGGUUGCUACAUUCUUGUUGGUGUUUGUUACGUGUGGAUCUGCGGCGUUAACCACAAGUGAUGACCGGAAAGUGUCGCAGCUCGGAGCAUCUUUAGCCGGUGGGCUGAUUGUGACGGUCAUGAUCUAUGCUGUUGGACAUAUCUCCGGUGCGCAUAUGAACCCCGCGGUCACACUUGCGUUUGCAUCCGUGGGACAUUUUCCUUGGGUUCAGGUCCCUAUCUAUACCGCGGCACAGUUCACAGGGUCCAUCUUGGCUUCAUUCGCUCUACGGAUAAUGUUAGAACCAAUAACAAAUCUAGGCACAACCACGCCUUCUGGGACAGAGUUACAAGCUCUGAUCAUGGAAAUCAUUGUAACUUUCUCAAUGAUGUUUGUCACUUCAGCCGUAGCUACAGAUUCUAAAGCCGUAGGAGAGCUAGCCGGUAUGGCAGUAGGAUCAGCAGUAUGCAUUACUUCCAUCUUAGCAGGACCGGUAUCAGGAGGAUCAAUGAACCCAGCUCGCACUAUUGGACCAGCAUUAGCUAGCAACAACUACAAGGGUAUUUGGGUGUAUAUUGUUGGCCCGAUAACAGGAACAUUGUCAGGAGUGAUGUGCUACAAUUUUAUUCGAUCAACAAACGAACAAGAUCAAGCAAUUUCUUCAUUCAAAUUUCACCGAGUGAAAAGCAAUAAUGAACAUGUCGAAGUAACAUAUCCAAUUGAUUCUUUAAAAUAGUUAGAAUGCAAAUAUUAGUUAUCAGAUAUUAAGUAGAGUAUUUUUUUUCAUGUGAGUGAAGGGUGUUUGAAUGUAUAAUAGAACUUUAUAAUCACACCUUAUGUAAUAUAGAAACUUGAGAAUUCCACAUCAAUAUUCAAAAUUAUUUCAAGAUUCCAAA